CAGCCGCAGCGCGCAUGUGCGGCGGUCGAGUCGCGAGGUCGCGGCGACAGUUGUCGAUGUCGUUUCGGGUGGUGCGCGACGAGUACUCGCGAUCCUCGCGAUGGACGAUACCUAAUUGUAAGUGAUUUGCAGCCGUGUUUAACGCACGCGUACAAGUAUGUGCGUAUCGUCGCGACACGUCCGUCGACCUAGCCAGGUCUAGCGCCGACAUCGUUGAAAAUUUCCGUCCAUGCUACUCGCCGAGGCGCCAAAGAGGAGACAUGGGCAUCGUGCAGAGUCGCAACGGGGAGAGCGAUGGUGGUGUACGCCAAGUUUUCCAAGGCGGUGUCAAGGCCGGUCUGCCUUAUCAGUCGUGUCAAGCCAGCAUGGGCUUGAACAUGGGCUUGAGCAUGGGUAUGGGCGGGCCUCACGCGCGCACCGGCAGCAUGCGUAACGCGCCGAGACAACCGAUGCCGGACGCCGUCGAGCUCGAGAGGCGCUUUACCAAAGUGCUGGCCUCCAUGGAUCUACCACCGGAUAAAGCGAAACUCUUGAAGCAAUAUGACAACGAAAAGAAAUGGGAUAUUAUAUGCGACCAAGAAAGAGUACAAGCUAAAGACCCACCGUCCCAUUACCUGGCCAAGUUACGUACUUACCUGGAUCCGACAGCAUCGCGAAGCCAUCGAUCGUAUCGUUUCUUUAUGUUCUUCCAGAAGAGGAAAAUGGUCGGGGAAUCUACAUCGACCCAAGUAUUACGUGACUUGGAGAUAUCCUUACGCACAAAUCAUAUUGAAUGGGUGAGAGAGUUCUUGGACGAAGAAAAUCAAGGCCUGGAUGCUCUGAUAGACUAUCUCAGCUUCAGGCUACUGAUGAUGCGGCACGAGCAACGACUCUUGGAAGCACACACGAGUUCCGAGGAAAAAUUACAAACCGCCGGCACAGGCGAUACCUCACCGUUGAACAACGGAUGCCUGAGGCCACCUCUCCACGAGCUCAAAGACAGUCCUGGGGUGAAAAGGAGAUCUCGACACGUGGCACGCCUAAAUAUGGGUGAAGCAAAGGAUGACAUUCACGUUUGCAUACUAUGCAUGCGUGCUAUCAUGAAUAACAAGUACGGAUUUAACAUGGUUAUUCAACACAGAGAAGCCAUCAACUGCAUUGCGUUGAGCUUAAUCCAUAAAAGUUUGAGGACGAAAGCUCUAGUAUUGGAGCUUCUCGCUGCAAUCUGCCUAGUGAAGGGUGGCCACGAAAUUAUUUUGUCAGCGUUCGAUAACUUCAAAGAGGUGUGCUCCGAGAGGAGAAGAUUUACGACACUUAUGGCAUAUUUCACCCAGUAUGACAGCUUCCACAUUGAGUUUAUGGUCGCUUGUAUGCAGUUUGUCAAUAUUGUCGUGCAUUCGGUCGAAGACAUGAACUUCAGGGUACAUCUACAGUAUGAGUUUACGAAGCUUGGAUUAGAUGAAUACCUCGAGAAGCUUAGACACACAGAGAGCGAAGAUUUGCAGGUUCAAAUCUCAGCUUACCUAGAUAACGUAUUUGAUGUGGCUGCCUUGAUGGAGGACAGCGAAACGAAGACUGCAGCAUUGGAAAAAGUAGCGGAAUUAGAAGACGAGCUUGGUCAUGCGCAUGAUCGUAUGGCAGAAUUAGAAAGAGAAUCGUUGGCGAAAUUAGCGGAACUGGAGACGGAAUUGGGCGCGAUCAAAGUGGAAUAUGCCGAUGCCUUAGAAGCACGUAGAUUAGUGGAGGAAGAACUCGCGGCCUUGAAGAGGCAGAGACAGGAUUCUGCACGGAGACAGAGUGUCCUAGAGAAUAAGAUCAUCGAGCUGGAAACUUUGACGGGAACGCUUACAAAGGGUUCAACAGCCGCUAGUCUACGAAAUGGCAUCGCGACGAGUCCUCUGAGUAAUUCAGAUAAUCUUACGUCCGAGACGUUCGCCUCGACACCAUCGCCAAUGUUACAUGAAACACUUGCAGCGGCUCCUGCGCCACCACCUCCACCCCCGCCACCAUGUCCGCCGCCGCCUCCCAUGGCACCUCUUUCCUCGGGAGAUCACAAGAUACCUCCGCCUGUCCCAAUACCUCCACCGCCCGCUGGCAUGAUGCAAGCACCCAAUGGAGCGAUGACUAUUAAACGAAAAGUCCAAACAAAGUACAAACUUCCUACUCUUAAUUGGAUCGCUCUGAAACCUAAUCAAGUACGGGGGACCAUCUUCAACGAGUUAGACGACGAUCGUUUGCACAAUCAAAUCGACUUUUCCGACUUUGAGGAGCGAUUUAAGAUCGGCAUGAGUGGACACGUGGCCAACGGUAACAGUGAAAUCGAUGGGCUUCAAAGCUUUCCGAGUAAACGAUUCAAGAAGCCCGAGAACGUAUCACUUUUGGAGCACACGAGAUUACGAAAUAUUGCUAUAUCGCGCCGAAAAAUGGAAAUGCCCGUCGAGAAAGUGAUAAUGGCGGUGAAUGCUCUCGACUUGAAAGUCCUGUCGCUGGAAAAUGUCGAGUUAUUGCAACGUAUGGUACCUACGGAUCAAGAAAUCAAGGCUUACCGCGAAUAUAUUAUAGAAAAGAAGAACGUCAAUUUAUUGACAGAAGAAGAUAAAUUUUUGAUGCAACUCGGUAAAGUGGAAAGGAUAUCUACCAAGUUGUCAAUUAUGAACUACAUAGGAAACUUUUUCGACAAUUUACAUCUGAUUACGCCACAAAUACACGCUGUGAUAUCUGCAUCCAGUUCGGUUAAGAGUUCAAAGAAGUUGAGAUCAGUAUUAGAGAUUAUUCUUGCCUUCGGUAACUACCUAAACAGUAGCAAACGAGGCCCCGCGUACGGCUUCAAAUUACAAAGCUUAGAUACACUGUUAGAUACGAAAUCGACCGAUAAAAGGAUGUGCCUUUUGCAUUAUAUCGUCGCCACAAUACGAGUCAAGUUCCCGGAACUUAUUAAUUUUGAAUCGGAGUUGAUGUACAUUGACAAAGCUGCCACAGUCUCACUAGAGAACAUUACGACCGAUGUUCACGAACUGGAGAAAGGGAUGGAUCUUGUGCGAAAAGAAUUUGAGUUACGCGGCAAAGAGAAGCACAAUACGGUAUUGCGUGACUUUUUGAACAAUUCCGAGGAGAAAUUACGCCGUUUGAAACUUGACGCACGUACUGCCGGUGAAGCAUUCCGAGAAUGUGUCGAAUUCUUUGGAGAAAGUCCGAGACAGGCUGACGCCAACACCUUCUUCUCCCUUCUCGUUAGAUUCGCGAGAGCGUUUAAGGCAGCGGAUCAGGAAAACGAGCAGCGUCGCAGGUUAGAGGCUGCUGCAGCGGAAGCUUUAAAUACGUCCGAAGAAGUUAUAAAACGUAACAAAUUAAAUCAGAAGAAACAACAGGAUGCUGUUAUAAAUGAGCUGAAGAAUAAGACACGAUUAGUGCAAGAGAAAAAGUUACUGCAACAGGACGAAGUUUACAAUGGUGCCCUAGAAGAUAUUCUUCUCGGUCUAAGGUCCGAACCAUAUCGCAGAGCGGAUGCUGUAAGACGUAGCCAACGACGACGUAUUGAUAAUCAUAGACUCUCGCGCACUGCCGAAGAGCUUGAACUCUAAUCUUUUCUUUUCGCAUUUCCAAUAUACGUAUUUCAAAGAUUUUCUAUUCUAGAGAAUAAAUUUGCCUUGUAAUAUGGUAGUUUCAUUGUAAUUUAGCUUUAUUAAUAUACAACAGAGAACACCAAUAGUUUGGGAAUACUUUUGAAAAUACUAACAGCGUGCACAACUAAAUAGUCGUACAUUCUUCGAAAUUUUUGAGAGCAUUUUUACAUAUAUGUAUAUGAGCUACUUUGCUAUAAGCAUACGAAUUCGCAACUAAACGACAAUAUUCAGUACGUACAAUUAGAUGAGGCUUUUGUGCUCGAAUUAGUGGUGCUGAAAGUCCAAUAGUCAAACUGGAAAUUUAUACAGCUUUAGGAUAUAAAUUUUUCAAAUACACUAUUUGUCACAAGGCGAUAGAUUUGGAAAUAUUAACGCGCGAUCCUCCUAUGUUUAAGUAUAUGUGAAUCUCGCAAUUAAAGGCAUGUAAGUUUCUUUCAAGUUAGCAUAAUAUUAAUUUUUAUUUGCUAUUUCUCUCUAAUCGCGAGUAAUUCUCUUUUUAACAUUUUCUGACAAUUGCGCAAAGUUUGUUUAUACCUCGAUUACGCUAUUACUUUUCUUUCAUUUUUUUUCCGUUCGAUAUACAUGUACGUAAACGUAAAAUUGUUUACAUUUACUUGUUGUUGUUAUACGUAUUAAAAAUAUUUAUAAUUUUCGUAUAAACUUACUGUCCUCGUUAAUUAAAUUAAUUGUUUAUACCAUAUAUAUCUUGUAAAUGCUUAAUAUAAAAUGGACAAAGUCAUAUAACUCUUAACGUAAGUUUGUGUGUAAAGUUGGUCUAGCAAUCGCGGAUUUUAAUAAAUCAAUGACGUGGUAUUUGUGACAUUCCAGCAAUAUGUAAUAAGCUGGGAAAACUUGCUACGGAAUUACACAAGUUCUAUCAGCUUGAAAGGAGAUGUAUGAGAUCUUUUAUUACAAGUCACAGGAGUCGUAUAAUCAACAAUAAAAUUAAGAUUGUUAUGACAUAAAUGAAAGUGAGAUCUUUGUUGUCUCUUGAAAGCAUUUCGAAAAUAAUUUUGCAGCAUACUUGUUUACAUUCCUUGAAUCACACGUACACAUCUCAAGAAUAUAUAUAUAUAUUAUGAUACAUAAAUAUAUAAGUAACUGCACAAGAGCAUUUCAUACUUAAAUAAUCGAUGUAUAAGAAUCGAGCUGUAACGUAAGGAGAUAAAAAAAUAUAUAAAUCAAAAGUUGGUAUACUCAUCGAUUACUGCUAUCAGUCUCCAAGAUUCUUAUUACUAAAACAUACGGUAAGACUGCAACUCUCUCUUGAAGCUUUUUCCCCCGAAUAAAAACAUAUCGCAAACUUUUGAAAGAAUAAAAUUAUAUUUUUACUUUUGUACGUUUUUGAUAUUAUACAUAUUACUAGAGAAAGGAAAAUGUAAAUACUAUUGUAUAGAGAAUAGAUUUAAAUGAAUAUAAUGUAAUUGCUUAGAACAAUUGCCAAUGUGAUGUUUAGAUAAAAUAUUUUCUGUAUUGUAUUAUUUAGCAUAUAGCGCUUAUUAGCAACAUGUGACGAAGAAAAAUUGCUAUUUCAGCCCUUUUUCCCUUUGGGAUCAAAGCACUAAACUAUUUUAUAUAUAUUUUGUGUGAAAACACACACACACGUGCGCGUAAUAUGCAUUUUAUCAUAGAAAUUGUAAAAAUUAGCAAUAUGCUCAUUGUAUAAAAACAGACAUAAAUAAAUGUAAUAAUUAAUACUUGAACAAU